AUGCCAGCAUCCCCAUACAUUCUCUUCUGCAAGGAAAAGCGCCCACAGGUCAAGGCUGAUAAUCCAGGAAUUGCCUUCGGCGAUAUUGCCAAGAAGUUAGGCGAGAUGUGGAAGAACCUCUCCGAAGAGGAAAAGAAGCCAUACAUUGAGAAGGCAGAGGCAGAAAAGGCUGAGCAUAAGGAUGAACCAAAGGAAAAGAAGUCCAAGUGCAAGAGCAAAUGCAAAUCUACUAAGAAGUCCAAGAAGGAAGACUCCGAAAAGGAAGAGUCUGAGAAGGAAGAAUCCGGCUCUGAUGAUGAAUAA